CCAACCAAAACCGUAGACUACGACCGACCGAAGUCGACUCCAACCCCGCAGUCCUGCAGUUACACUGCACAAGGUUUCCAACUUCUUGGAAAUAAGCUGUACGGUUGGCAGAGGACCACAUGAUAUUUUUAGAGGAAGGGCUGCUUAACUUGGUGAACAGAGCUUAGCUGUAGGGGUAUCAAACUUAUUAGACGGGAUGCAAAAUUCAUGCGUUUUUGAGCUGUUUUCCCCGGCGUUUUUUGCCAAUUUUCGCGGCGCGAAGUAGAAAAGAAACAUUGUGACUAAUGACGCCUUCAGGCUCCACGCGGGAAGAACAUGUGUAUGCGUUACAAGUAAUGCGUAGGCCUGAAAAUGUACGGUAAAUAACUUUCGGGUUUUUGUCAGUCAAUCCGCCCCCCCCCCGUCAAAAAUCCGUGGCGACGCCCCUGGUUCUAAAAGAUCUAAGUGUUGGCAAUGAAUCAGCUGGCCAUUCCGUAAUUUGAUCGGCACUAAUCUGUUGACCUAUUGAUCUAGUUGAUUUAAUGGCACGCUCUCCUGUGGCGCCUUGCCCUGUGGUGAAAAAAUGUAACCCCGUGUUCACAGUGUCCCGGACGACAAAGAUUCCGCGUGAUCUGGCCAAUGGCGUUCGGGAACCGCGGCCAAGCCCCGCUGAUCUUCAACAUGAUUGGCCGGACGGCGUAGAAUCUUCGUCGUCCGGGAGACUGCGAACCCGGGAGCGCCAUGAUGCUGAGCUGAGAUGUUUGGUAUCGGCUGGGUGCAAAUCGCAAGACGUGACUCCGGUGUCAACCAUUGCCACAAGCAGAAAAUGCCCAAGACCGGACCGGCCCCUAAGCGCGCCAGACUGCCGGCCGACGUGCCGGAGACGGCGGCACGGCCGCAGGUGCCCGCGGUCCAGCAGCGCCACCGCUGGGACUGCGGGCUCGCCUGCGUCAUGAUGGUGCUGCCCGAGACCAAGCGGCGCCACUUCAGCGACAACUUCGCCGCCGUCUGCAGGGAGGAGGGCUUCGGCAAAAGUACCUGGACGAUCGACCUGGUGUACUUGCUGCACCGGUACGGGGUACAGCUGCGGUACUUUACCAUUACGCCCGGUAUCGACCCCGGGUACCACCGACAGAGCUUCUACGGGUACGGCAAGGUGCUGAGGAUGGACGCGGCGCGUGUCACGGAACGGUUCGAGAAAGCGGCCAGUCUGGGCCUGCAGGUGGACGUGCGGCCCGUCGCCGCCGAGGAGAUCCUGCGCCACCUGGCGCUGCACGGACCGGUCAUCGUGCUCACCGACGCGCGCUUCCUCCGCUGCGACGUGUGCCGCGCCAACCAGGCGGGGUCAGAGCUCAGCAGCUGCUUCCCGUGCGCCUCCGAGUACAGGGGACAUUAUAUCGUGCUCUACGGCUACGAUCUUCCAAAAGGGGUCGUCUUCUACCGGAACCCAACGUUCAAAGACCGCGAGUGCUGUAUGUCUCUGGGCGCGCUGGAAAAGUGCCGCCGGAGCUACGGCACCGACGAGGACCUGAUUUUCGUGUACGACUCGUGGUCCAGCUGAGACCGGCCGGUGGUGACGUGUACGUCCUGCAGCGGCCGCCUCUGCUCAGUGACCGCCGGCGACAGGUCAGCGCCCUCUGCCGCGGGCAGCUCAACUCGGACCGCUCUCUGACCAGACGCUCAAACCGCCUCACAAUGCCUCGACUAGUGCCAGUGCCUAGUGGAAGUAGUGCUACUGCCGACUACGUAGUGCUUCGCCGCUCCAUUUCUGGCUCAUAUCAGCUCUACCUUCGGGGCUUUUCGCCGCUGUGUGCCUGCCUCUGCUGCGGUGCGUCGCCAACGCGUGAGCGUUGUGAAGUACACCGCACGAUCCCCGCUCCAGAAUCAUUGCACUUCCACUGGACACCGCAGCCAGCGGGUCCACCCCCUCUUCUGGUGCACCCGACAGCUCCACUGGACCAUAGCUCACCACUCCAUCGGACCACCGCUCACCACCUGGACCACCCCUUCCCACUCCACUGGACCACCGCUCACCACUCCACCGGGCCACAGCUCACCACUCCACCGGGCCACCCCUCCCCACUCCACCGGCCCACAGCUCACCACUCCACCGGGCCACCGCUCACCACUCCACCGGGCCACAGCUCCCCACUCUCCACUGGACCACAGCUCACCACUCCACCGGGCCACCGCCCCCCCCCCCCCCCCCACACUCCACUGGACCACUACUCACCACUCCACUGGACCACUGCUCACCACUCCACUGGGCCACCGCUCACUAUUCCACUGGACCACUGCUCACCACUCCACUGGACCACCCACUAUACCGGUCCCACUAGUCGCCCUGCAGCCUGGUUCAGCCUUCUCCACUGGUCCACCCCCUCUCCCCUACUUCAAGUCUGUUGCAUCCCCUUCUCCACUGGUAACCCCCCUCCACUGGUCCACCCCCCCCCCCCACUCCACUGGACCUCCACCCCACUCCAAUGCAUUCCGGAGCGUCUCCCCAGGCGGAGGAUCGGCGUUAGGUGUUGGACGUCCGGCACCUGACACCGCUCCGUGGGCUGCGUACUCAGGGCCUGCCGACGGGUUCAGUCGCCCGUCGACUGGUGUUUGUGUAAUCAGGCGCCGGACUGCGGCUGAGCGAUACAGGACGGGAUGGGACGGGAGGAGACGAGAGGAGAUAGGAGACGGGACGGGACAAGAUGGGACACGGGUCGGGACGGGACGGGAGUGCAUAGUCCGGGAGUGCAUGUGGUGAAGUUACUCAUCGCGGCUGGCAAUACGGACUGCGGUGGUGAUAUGUUCAGACCGCCACCGGUCAGCUGUCUCCUUACAAGUGUGCCUGUAUGCUUGGGAUGGGAAUCUUUUGGGUAUGGCUGGGAAUGAGUAGGACACGAGGGACCAAGCAGCACCUAUCAAUAAGUGUUCUGUCAGUGUCGGAACCGGCACUGAAGCAUUGAUUCGGGACCACUCCGCUGAUUUCUGUUCAUUGGAUGGAUAAAUGUUUUAUCGGGAAUCGUUGAUUAUAUCUGAAGAGCUGACACUUAGGUGUCGUUGGAUGACAUACAGUGAUUUAUAUUCUUAGUCAUAUUAUUCAUCAUAUACCAAGCUAUAAGAUUGUGGUUAAUGGUGUUAACUGUUAGAGAUGCCGCUCAUCUCCCAUAGCUGAUGUGUGCAUAGACUGCCCAGGUGCCUUGUGACGGUGCCCUGAUGUCGUUCGCUGGCUGGCAGAAGGGCCGCGCGCUGUGGCAUUUAUCCAAAUCACCCUGUGAUGCACGGAGUGCCUAUACUAUACUUAAUGACAGCCGUUGUGAUUUCAGCGAGUUCCAGCUUUGUAUCUAGUCUAGCUUACACCAGCUAUUGGUUGUAUACCUAUUUUUGUAAUACAUUGCUCAAUGAGUUA